AUAAAAUUUCGCCGAACCGAGAGCAAACCACCACGAGCGCCGCGAGUCUACUCUCUACUCUGACCGCGAUGAACGAACACCAUUUGCGCGCAGCGCAGCCAGCAGUUGUUUUCGCGCACUCAGCUUCGACCUGACCUCCUCGCCUGCAUCGAUCCAACGAAUAGAGCCCCACAAAAUCUCGAGCCGAAGCUGCAGAAAACGCGUCGGUCGGAUCCCCUCCGCCCUCCAGAUCCCCACCCGGCGGCGUCCCCUACCCUCUUCGGGAUCCCGGAUCUGUCGCUGAGCCGCCGGCGUGCCGUGGCCGAUGCGAUCCUCGCUCCUGCCGCGCCGCCGGAGCCCACGACGGAUCGGCUAACGCGGUAACACCUCUCGCUCCUGCCCCGCUCUCAGCUUCGGCCCGGGUCAAUGGGCGCCUGCGGACUCGCCGCGCUCGUCGUGCUCCUCCUCGCUUCGGCACUGCUUCCUAGCCCUGCUGCUACGGGUAGGGUUCUGGAAGGCGAGAAGCCCAGCACCGGCGAGGGCGCUCCUGCACCCACCACCGUUGCUGCAGGCGGAUCAUCAAAGAGUGACGCCCCGAAGGAAUCUGGGCAGUCGAAAGCUGCGGGGCAGCAGGCUGAGAGCAAGAGGCAACCGAAUGCGCCGCCGCCGCCAACGACACCGAAUGAUUCGAAGCUACCGUCGGCAGAGAAGGGGCAGGAAGGGGGUGGCACGCAGGCUUCUGCAUCGCCGCCGCCGCCACCACUGACGCAGGAGACGGAUGCGCAGAAAGGGAGUCCUCCGCCGGGAGGUCCGGGACCUAACGGUGGAGGUGAAGCGAAGGGUGGCACGGAUCGGGAGGACACAGGAAGCCAGGGGAAGGAAGAUGCCACAGGCAAAAUGAAGGAGGCCAUGGAGAAGUGUGAUGCGUCCCGCAAGUGUUCAUUUGGAGGAGAAUUUUCUGCUUGCCUUCAGGUUUCUAAUAAUGCUUCAAUUGGAUCACAUAUUAUAGUCCUGAAUGAAGGGCAGAAUGACAUCAAUGUUAAUGUCAAAGCACCAUCAAAUAUAGAUAUUGAUAAUAAGCUGCUACAUCUUGCCAAAGGUGUCGUUCAACAGGUGGGCAUAACACAUAUCAGUCCAGAUGGUGGGGAUAUUACAUUAAAUGAUGGAAAUGGGGACUGUGUCUUACACAUAGGGCAAUCAGUUUCUGAUUGGCAACAGCAAUUUCAGCAGUUCGCAGCAUAUGCAACACGUUUGAAUCCAAUAUAUGGAGCCUCUUUUUUUGUUUUCACUGUCGUUUUGGUGGGUGUCGUGUGCGCCUGCUGUAAGUUUGCAAGGAGAAGGGGCAAUGAUGGAGUCCCAUAUCAGCAGCUUGAGAUGGGUGCUCAGGCACCAAACACUUCAGGGGUAGAGAACACCACAAGCACUACAGAUGGCUGGGAAGACGGCUGGGAUGAUGACUGGGACGAUGAAGAAGCACCUGCAAGACCUUCAGAUAAAAAACCUGCUAGUAGUGUCUCAGCAAAUGGCCUUUCUUCAAGAUCUCAGACCAAUAGCAAAGAUGGCUGGGAUGUAGAUUGGGAUGACUAAGCUCCAACAACAGAAUUUUAAAAUGUCCUUGUGAAAUGACAGAGAAGAUACUCCGAAGUCUGAACAACUUGCAGCCAAAAAAGAUCCAACUAAACCUGGAACUGAGGGCCCGUGCUUGACAAGGCGACCCAUAUCCUGGAAGAGUGAAGGCUUGCAUUUCUUGAUACGGUUUGUACAAUAGUGUUCCAAUAUUACUUUCUUUGUCUAUGAGCUGAUACACAAACUUUUAGUGGUAUGAAUUGUAUUUUUUUUGUGGUUGUAAUACAGUUUCGUAGUAUAUGACCAAAACAUGCCUUGUCAUUCUUCUGGAGAGGUAAUCAAUUUUUUGCAUAACAAUUUCCACAUGGAACAAAACACAUUUCUGAGCAUUGGGUCUGGUUGGAAGCCGACCCUGCUGAGCUGCCAUACAGUGAUACAGAUGCUCAAUGUGCUUUCCAUAUGUUUGAUAGAGCUUGUGAUACUGCCUUCUGUUUUUUCGAACCAUGACUUGUGAUA